GAGAACUGGCGAGACUUAACGCUGGUAAACUGGAGCUUAGGGCUUGGCGGGGCAGCGUCCGGGAUUGAGUCUUGGGCUGUCUUCAAGGCCAGGCUCUUACCGAGCAGUCUCAGCGAGGCUUCCUCUUGCAGCUCGACCGCGCUGGUCGGCCUGUCACCCGCUGCGUCCCGGACCCCUAACCCUGACUCGAACCUCCCUGCUUUCCCCUCUGGGUCUUCGCUGCCGCUGCGACUCUGUCACCGCCAUGCCUUGGGUGGAAAGAACCCGGGAAUCCUGAGGGGCUGCGAGGAAGAAGUUUUACUCGCCGGGACGAUCUCCCUCCUUCUCUCCGAACUCUACGCGUCCUUCCAGGGGCCAGGUCCUGGCAAGCCUUUCCGUUUUGCCUGCCCACAGGCAUUUCUGUCCUGAUUUCCCUCAUCGGGCGCUUUAUAUUGGUGGUUGUCUUCACACGUCAGAGUCUUACCUCUUCAGCCAAAUUGGUGAAGGCCAUGCCGCCCUCUGGGAAAGUUCCCCGAAAGGAGAAACUGGGGCUACAGUGUGAGUGGGGGUCCUGCUCCUUUGUGUGCUCUGCCAUGGAGGAGUUCUGCGAGCAUGUCACUCAGCACCUGCAGAAGUACCUGCAUAGCUCAGAGGAGGAAGAGGAAGAGGAGGAGGAUCCUCUGGAGGAAGAAUUCUCUUGCUUGUGGCAGGAGUGUGGCUUUUGUUCUCUGGACAAUUCUGCUGAUCUUGUCCGCCAUGUCUACUUCCACUGCUACCACACCAAGCUGAAACAGUGGGGGCUGCAGGCCCUGCAGAGCCAGGCUGACCUCAGCCCCUGCAUCCUGGACUUCCAUAGCCGGAACAUCAUCCCUGACAUCCCUGACCACUUCCUGUGUCUGUGGGAGCACUGUGAGAGCUCCUUCGACAAUCCUGAGUGGUUCUAUCGGCAUGUGGAAGCACACAGCCUGUGCUGUGAAUACAAAGCAGUUGGUAAAGACAACCACGUGGUGCUGUGUGGCUGGAAAGGUUGUACCUGUACCUUCAAGGACCACUGUAAGCUUCGUGAGCACCUCCGUAGCCAUACCCAGGAGAAGGUGGUGGCUUGCCCCACCUGUGGGGGCAUGUUUGCCAACAACACCAAGUUCUUAGACCACAUCCGUCGCCAGACCUCAUUGGAUCAGCAACGCUUCCAGUGCUCUCACUGUUCCAAGAGAUUUGCCACUGAGCGGCUUUUGCGGGACCACAUGCGUAACCACGUGAAUCACUAUAAGUGCCCUUUGUGUGAUAUGACCUGUCCACUGCCAUCCUCCCUCCGUAACCACAUGCGCUUUCGCCACAGCGAGGACCGACCCUUUAAAUGCGACUGUUGUGACUACAGCUGCAAGAAUCUAAUUGACCUCCGGAAGCACCUGGAUACCCAUAGCAAGGAGCCAGCCUACAGGUGUGAUUUUGAGAACUGCAGCUUCAGUGCCAGAGCACUCUGCUCCAUCAAGUCCCAUUACCGAAAAGUACAUGAAGGGUACUCAGAGCCAAGGUACAAAUGUCACGUGUGUGACAAAUGCUUCACAAGGGGCAACAACCUCACUGUGCAUCUUCGCAAAAAGCACCAGUUCAAGUGGCCCUCAGGGCACCCCCGUUUUCGGUACAAGGAGCAUGAAGAUGGCUACAUGCGGCUCCAGCUAGUUCGCUAUGAAAGUGUAGAGCUGACACAGCAACUGCUACAGCAACCACAAGAGGGAUCAGGCCUGGGAGUGUCACUGAAUGAGAGCAGCCUGCAGAGCAUCAUUCUGGAAACAGUGCCAGGGGAGUCAGGACCCCAGGAAGAAGCUGAAGAGGAAGAGAAGGGCAGAGGUAGUAAGGGGACAGCCCUCUCAGCCUCUCAGGAUACCUCGAGUCCCAUCAUCCAUGUGGUGAAUCAGACCAGUGCCCAAGAGAUUGUCUACUACGUGUUAUCUGAAGCCCUGGGAGAGUCCCCCCCAACCCCUGAUUCCCCCUCAGGGUGCAUCAUGGAAAAGCUCCAGGGAAUAGCUGAGGAGCCAGAAGUCCAGAUGGUAUGAAGGCAGUAGAGCCUGACCAUUCCUAACCUAGGUUCUAGGGUUUGAACCAGGCUGGUGGCAGUGCCACUUUGGGCAGCUCUUGCCAAUGGAUGCCUUUUGGAGUGGUGCUGAGAGCAGUGUGGUCCACUCUGGAUCCGGCUUGCAUCAGUUAGCAGAGUGUAAGGAUUUUCCUUUUCUGCCAGUCCAUGUUUUGAUCCUGAGGAGUUUUGAUUCUUUGAGGGGGACACCCUAGUUAUGUGUGUGCUUGUAGAGAGAGCUAGUAUCAGGCUUAACCACAACCCCUAGAAAUGCUGGAAUAGUGAUUAAAAUCCUUAGUCAACUUGCACCCGUUCUUAUCGUUAGGGUUUCUCAAGCCCAGCGAUGACAUAUAACUAGUCCCUGCAAUGGCCCUUUCAUCAUAGCCAGCUGAGGCAUUGUGAACCAGCCAGUCAUUUUCCUCUAAAGGCUUCCUCCUCCAAGCUAAGGACUUCAUAUUAUCCUCAGGGAUGGGGCUGGAGGCACUGAGUGUGUGUGGCACUUGUUUUUGGUAAUAAAUGCUUCUUCUGUUAAUCAUUUCUUCUCCCUUAUGUUUGGUGGCUGUUAACUAUGUAAUGAGAUACAGCCACCCAGAAGAGGAACUGAACAGUCAGGCUUGUACCCCUUUUAGUGCCUGGGGUUUUCUGUUUUUAACUGCCUUGUUUCCUGCUUGCCCUCCCUGCCAUUGGUGAAACCUUCAUUUCUUUUCAGCAUCUACCAUUUCUCUGGAGAUCUUAGGCAUAGACCAUGAGUGCUUGGCAGCACUCUAGAAUGGAUGAGUGGGGCUAACCAGGAAAAUACAGCACCAGACCAUGCCCACACACUUUGAGUUCCAAUUAGAACCCAGAGUCUCUGGGGUAGGGGGUUCUUUACCUGUGGUACUGGGAAGGAAGCUGGCAGUGGAGGGUGGGUUGGGACACCCUAGACACUGGUAGGUACUGGGGGUCAAGGAACCAAGGUGGAAAAUUGCGUGUGUGAUUGCAUUUUCCUGGGGAAAGGGUCUGGUUUUCAUUAAAUUCUCAAAGAGUUUGAAACCCUCCAAAAUAAGAAUUGGGCCAGUCCAGCCAUAUCACAGUAACCCGUGUCCAUUCUUAGGGUCUCUGCUGCUGUGGAGAGGUCAAGGGAAUAUUCUGAGGUAGCUCUGAUUUCUGGGUCUUUUAAAAAGACCAAGUUUAGCCUUGGCUGGCGUGGCUCAGUGGAUUGAGCGCCAGCCUAUGAACCAAAGGGUCACUGGUUCGAUUCCCAGUCAGGGCACAUGCCUGGGUUGCCGACCAGGUCUCCAGUAGAGAGCACGUCAGAGACAACCCCACACUGAUGUUUUUCUUCCUUCCCCUCUGUCAAAAAUGAAAUGAAAAGACCAAGUUUAAUUUUUAUAACAAACACUGUGCCUAUUGCAGAAGGAAAUUUACAAAGUUCUCUUCAUCAGCCAUUCACUGAGUUCCUGCUAUGGUCCAGGCACUGUGACAGGUGCUAAAAUGAAUAAAACACAGGACCUAACAUAGAGUUACUUGCAGUACAGAGGCAAGGAAAGAUCUAAAUAAGUGGAAUGAUAGAAGCCUAUCAGGCAGGGUUCAUUUAAAAGGCUCAAAAUAGCCCUGGCUGGGUAGCUCAGUUAGUGUGUGAUCUGGAUAAGCCAAGGUAGCGGGUUCGGUAGAAGAAUCAGCCAGUGAAUGCAUAAAUAAGUGGAACAACCAAUUGGUGUUUCUCUCCCUUCCGCACUCUAAAAUCAAUAAAAACAACGAAACGAUAACAAAGGCUCAAAAUAGGAGUAGACAAUAUUAUGUGGGCAAGGGAUCAAAGAAGUGAUUAGAGGUAAGGUUCAAAAGUGUUACUGGGUGGAAGAAACUAGGCCGGUAAACAAAGCAAAAGGGGUACUUUGUAGCAAAGAGGAUAGCAGGCCCUGGAGAGAGAGGGGACUGGAAAGGAAGACAGCCUCACAAAAGGACCAUGUAAAGUUUUAAGAGUAGUGAUUCUGGUAAUGAUGGGGAAUAUAUCGGGUUGGCCAAAAAGCCUGUUUAGUUUUUCUGUAAAAGACAUUUUUCAUUUUUACCAAUAACGUUACUGGUUUGGAUCUUUUGAGUAUGUCAGCUAUCUCCUGCCAUUGGCUUCUAGUGGGUAGAGGCCAGGGGUGCUGCUAAACAUUUUUCAAUGUAUAAGACAGCCCCACAGCAAAGAAUUAUUUGGUUAAAACAUCAGUAGUGCAAGGAAUUUCACAGACUACUUUUGACAUGUUUGAUCAGUCACAGCACCUUCUCCAUAUACUGCACAAAUCUUGUUUUUUGUAUUUCUGUUGCAUUUUUGCCACUCUUGAAAUAAUAAAGUGUAAUA